GCACCCGAGGCACCCCUGGGCUGCCCCUCCCCCAAGAUUUAGUCAGGCUUGUAUAAUACAAGUCAUGAACAGGUUAUGGGCCGUGAGUUUUUGUUUACUGCCCAUGACCUAUCCAUGACUUUUACUAAAAAUACCCGUGACUAAAAUCUAGUCUUAUUUAUUGUCUGUACUCUGGCAGUUGUCCCCAAUGCGCUAGGCAUGUCUACACAAGGAGAAAGACACAUCCUUUGACCUGAACAACAGAAUGUAUAGAAAUCCUAAAGUUUACAAAAUGAAUCAAAUAUUUAUAAUUUAAAUCAGAUUUUUAUUUAUUUGCUAGUUCUUUACUGUCUUCUCAUUUGAUAGUUUUAAAUGGCUGAAGUGGACAUUUUGUGCUUUUGUCUUCAAUUAGAAUUUCCUAAUUGUUUGUAGCAUUUCAGAUUUUACAUGGAAUUUUUUUCUACUAAGAAAUUUCACACUUAAAAAAAUACACACUUAAAAAAAGUGACGCCCUAGGGCUUUUUUAACGUCUUUUGUAUCUGAAACACAAAAUUGAUAAGCAAAUGGCCUGUGGUAUUUUUGCAAGCACCACCUUCUGAUCCCUCGAAUAUCCACAAGUCAAAAAAAACGAAAGGCUUUGACUAGACCAUAUUCUUCCUUCAGGGUUUGCAACUGAUGGCCAUUUCCUGAAUAAAGUGUUUCAAGAGGAGAAAACCAUGUGUUUUCAUAACCUGUCUGGAGAGCACAUGUAUCCUGAGUACAGAUGGGAGGUGUGACAUUCAUAGCAAACCUAUUGUAUAUGGGACAGCAACUACUGAGGGAGGGACUUUUUGUGUGUGACAAGCUAGACAUCUCCAGUUACUUCUGUUCUUCCAAACAUCUGACCACAAUUGCUAGUGAUACAAUCAAAAUAUGUGAGAGAACACUGAGUGCCAGGCCACUGAUUUUGUGAUACACAAUGCAGCCAAUGAGGCUAAGAGGAGAAGGGGAGCCUUGCAAGAAAAAGAUGACCUUGGUGAGUAAAGUCUGGCUGUUCUGCACAUACUGUGCAAUUCCUGCUAGAAGACUUGGAAGGAAAGACUGGCAAGGACCAUAGUAUUGAAGGCCAGUCUGAUCCUGCGAUGUGAUGCGUGAGUCUGGAUCCCUGUACCAGUGUGGAGCUCCAUUGACUUCUGUAGGGCUCAGGGGGUUAGCCAUGUGGGUUCAGUUGCAGGAGCAGGGGCUGUGUGAUGAGUUCUUGCCCAAUAACCACUUUGCAAAGACAAGCAUAGAGAUCGCCGUGUAUUUGUGAUGCCUCGAGAAGAAAAGUGGAAUCUGCAUUUGCAGAUUGCCUAGAAGCUCGUUUCAGAAUGGCCCAAAUUAAUGAAAAUCUGUGAAGAGCAGAGACAUGAUAUAGACUCUGUUUCCCAGAAAGUAACAAAUAUUGGCCUGAAGAGGUUUGCUGAGAAAUUGCUCCAGAUAUUGAAGGCAGCAUUGUUGGGACUUGAUUCUGAACAGAUUCAACAAAUUCAGCCAUAGCUGAUGAAGUGUGAAAGAAGACAGAAAAAUAUCUUGUGCUGAACUGCAAUGAGAUAACUGCAGAAUGCAUAUUCGGAAAGCAUUAUGACUUGUAAAGCAUGAAAGCACAGGUUUAACACCAUAUCACUUUCCAGCUUAUGAAAUAUUCCCGUGUGUGCCAGCUUCCACUCACAAUUUAGGAAUCAACACUUGCUCUUGAAUACGUAGAAGAGGCUUAUGCUGGUAGUUGAGUUCCAGCUACAGUAAUUCAACCGCAGGCCAAAUCUACAUUUCAGAAAGUCAUGUUCUCCAAUGAAGUACUGAAAAAUGUAACAGCCGCUCACUGGGGGAGGUCUCAAGUAAAUACUCUGGGAGGAACAAGGCUGGAUCAUGAAAGCAGCAUCACAGCUGUUAAUUGCUACAGCUUCUUUUGUUGGUGCUGAAUGAGUAUUUUCAUCACUCGGGCUGGUGUGCUCCAGGAUUACAAACCUCAGGGAACAGCCUCGCAAUGUUGCUGGGUUUCGGGGAACAGUCCGCUAUGCUUCCGUGAAUGCACACAAAAACCGAGAGAUGGGUCGACAUGAUGACCUGUGGUCCCUCUUUUACAUGUUAGUGGAGUUUGCCGUGGGUCAGCUGCCAUGGCGCAAGAUCAAAGAUAAGGAGCAAGUUGGCAUGAUCAAAGAGAAGUAUGAACAUCGAAUGCUGCUAAAACACAUGCCAUCUGAAUUCCACCUCUUCCUGGAUCACAUUGCGAACCUGGACUACUUCACCAAGCCCGAUUAUCAGCUGAUCAUGUCGGUGUUUGAGAACAGCAUGAAGGAACGAGGCAUUACUGAGAACGAGGCCUUCGACUGGGAAAAAGCUGGAACGGACAUUUUAUUGUCUACAAGCACCUCCACACCACCACAGCAGAACACCAGGCAGACAGCAGCCAUGUUUGGGGUGGUUAACGUCACUCCAGUUCCUGGGGAUUUGCUGCGUGAGAACACUGAAGAUGUCCUGCAGGGUGAACACUUGAGCGACCAAGAGAAUGCUCCUCCGAUCCUGCCAGGCCGGCCAGUGGAAGGGCUGGGCCAGCCUCCUAACAUUGCCUUCAACGAGACCGAGGUUUGGGAAGAGACAGAUGUGAACCGCAACAAACUCAGGAUCAGCAUCAGCAAAACCCAGUGCAUGGUGGAAGAGGAACAAAGAAGUGGUGUCUGCCCUAGCUCCCCUAUACGGGCGCCUCCAGACUCCCCUACCACUCAAGUGCGCUCUCUGAGAUACCGUCGUGUGAACAGCCCUGAGUCGGAGCGCCUUUCCACUGCCGAUGGCAAAGCAGAUCUCCACGAGAGAAGAUCUCGUGUAGAUUUACCUUGUUCCCCUUCCCGGCUGGUGUGUUCCUCCCAACCAGCACAGAUGCUGUCCAUCGACACUGGCCAAGUAGACCGUCAGGCGAGCGGCAGGAUGGAUGUGUCUGCUUCUGUGGAGCACGAGGCCCUCAGCAAUGCUUUCCGCUCCGUGCCGCUGGCGGAGGAGGAGGACUUUGAUAGCAAGGAGUGGGUUAUCAUUGAUAAAGAGACGGAGCUGAAGGACUUUCAUCCAGGUGCUGAGCCAAGCACUUCUGGAACUACAGACGAAGAGCCCGAGGAGCUUAGGCCGAUUGAUGAGGGCGAGGAGAGGAGGCGAUUGGGAGCAGAAGCUGCAGUCCGGCCAAAGAUCCACGAUGGGAGAACAUGGGGGAUGCAGCCUGUGACUGAGGAGGACAGUUCACACAGGCAUGAAGGACACUGUCAAACGGUAUCUGACAGCAAACCUGAACAGCAGCCAGGAAGCCCGGCCCAGUCACCGUUACACUCAGCACCAGCUCUCCGACAGCGCAGACGGGAAUCCGAACCAAUCGGUCCUCAGAGACAGGUGUUUACACUGAACCCUUUUGAAAUGAAUGGUCUGCCCAAGGCGGUGCCUUUAAAUUUGCCUUAUCAAGACUUUAAAAGGGAUGUGUCAGACUCUAGGGAAAAGCCUAGGAUCCUCCAGCGGAUAAAGAAGGUCGACUUCUCAAACAUUGUCUUGACCGCUCCUUGCAAACCACCGGAGCCCCAUCUGGAACUGAAUGGGGAGUGUGAGGAGGAAGAGGAGGAGGAGGAGGAGGAGGAAGAAGAGGAAGAAGAGGAGGAGGAAGAAGAUGAGGAAGCUGGUUAUUUGGGAGAAGAGAUUGACAUGCACAGUAGCUCCAGCAGCGAUGUGAGCCAGAAAAGCACAGAGCGCAGUCAGGAAGGGGCGCCAUCCACUCUGCUGGCCGAUGAUCAGAAAGAGUCCAAGGGCCGAGCUUCCAUGGCCGAUGGCGAUUUAGAACUGGAGGAAGGCUCCAAAACACUGGUGUUGUUUUCACCGGGUGACAUGAAGAAGUCUCCACUCACCACAGACUUGGCGCCAGAUGUCGAUCUGGGGACACUUGCUGCUUUAACGCCUCAGAGCGAGAGGCCGCAGCCCCUGGGCAGCCAGCUGGAUGUGUCGGAGCCUGGGACCCUGUCCUCCGUCCUUAAGUCAGAACCAAAGCCUCCAGCAGCAGUUUCCACGACGUCCUCCCCCUUUACCAAAGUCGAGCGCACGUUUGUUCAUAUUGCUGAGAAGACCCAUCUGAACGUCAUGUCUUCCGGCGGCCAGCUGGUGAGACAUGAGGAGUACUGCCCUCCGGGCCAACUGGAGGAGAUCAUUCUUGAGGAGGAGCUGGAGGAGAACCUGGGGUUGGCAGAAAAUGGGAGUGCGAAUUCUGGUUUAGAAGGGGGAGAGAUGGAAAGCUGCAUGCUCUCGGUCAAUCACAUCGAAACCUCCUCGGAGACGGCGGGGGAGCCGCCGACACUUCCCAACGGUGUGGCCCAGUCCCCGGAGGAGAGGCUGGAGCUUAAAGGCAAAGCCGCGCUGGCAAUGGAUUUGGAAGAAACUGACCGGCUGGUUUCAGGAGAGCCUAGCUUAGAAAAAACCAUUCUGGCGACCGAACGCCUUACGCAAGCCGAGGCUCUCCUGGGAACGGCGAAGCAGGGCCCUAGGAAACCUCUGAGUGCCAGAUACAGAAGCCGGAUUCCCAUCUUGUUCUCCGAGGAGGACACCGGCUCAGACCAGUCGGCCUCGCUCUCGGCCAAAGAGAGGCUUCACAAGAGGGCCAAGCAGCCCGACUUGGUUCGCCUAGUGAUGGAGAGAAGGCAAAGCCGCCUCCUCAGACUGGCCUCUGGGGCCUCCUCCUCAGCCUCCUCCAGCGACGAGCGGAGACGUGCCUCAGAGACCCUCUCGGCCACCGGCUCAGAGGAGGACACCCAUGACUCAGACGACUCUGUCCCAAGGAGGACGGGGGAGGGGAAGGCGUCCCACCCAGGAAGAGAAGGGAAAACUUUAAGCACAAAGAGCAAAAUCCCUCGGCCCAUUGUGCCUGCGAGGACGUCGCCAGCAGCAGUGAAGUUCGGGAGCCCAGCAGCACCAGGCAGCUCGCCGCUUGAUGCAGCUCUCACCGCCAGGCUUCAGAGGACAGCUGGGACUGCGCCCAGUGACUCCCCACUGAAACAGAUCCAGAGCCGGCUCCCUUCCUCCCCGAGUCCGGCUCCUCCUCCUCCCCCGUGGAGCUCUGCUCCCCCCUGGAGCCCCAGCCUGCCCCCACGCAACCUCAGUGCUUCCCCCAGACGGGAGAGUCCUUCGCCCUCCCGGCAGCAUAGGCCAGGGUCUGCCCUGCAACGAGUUCAACCGUCUCCCCGCCCUCAACCCCGCGUCCUGGCACGGGGGCUGCUGGGAGAUCCCCCAGCCUCCCCAGGCCUGGCCAGAAAAGGACAAAGAGGGAAAACCCAGACUCAGAGCCCAGCAACCAAAGGAAGGCAAGUGGCCGCGGAAGGCAAGGCUACGGCCAGAUAAUGAUCUUCUGCCGCCCACCCGUCAGGCUGGCUAACUCCGGCGUCUAGUGUAGACCGAGCUGCCGCCGCCCAGCCCUCCACGCCGGACCCACGAGCGGCUAGCAGCACGUCAGCGCUUCCCUCCCUCCCACGCCCACGCCGUCCGGAGCCAGCUGCCCCAGGGCGGAGCGCCUCUGCCCCGCCGAGGGCUCGGCCGCAGCGCACGCUUGCUAUUGCAAACCACCAAGCAGAGCCUCAGGCAGCCUGCCUAGGGCCUGCCCCCCCGGCCCCCGCCCGCGCCCCUUCUCCUGCUCCGUGAGCAACACCAGAGGCUCCAGUCCAGCGCGCUGACACGGGCGCUGCAGAGCGCAGCAGCCGAAGUCGGGGGAGAGGUGAUGACCGUGGGUGCUGCGCCCACUGGGAGGAGAGGGCUCUGGGGUUGUAGGGAGCUGUCCCCCCCUCUCCCCCCCACCCCCGCGCCUCGCCUGCUGUACUCGCACUGACAGUGGUUACAACCCAGCGAGCCGGGGAGCAGCCCCUUGCAGUGCUCAGCCACCUCCAUCGUGGCUAGCGAACUGUGCCCCAGGGAGACUAUCGGUCCCAGCGCACAGCAGUGCAGCCGAGGGGUGGGGGGGCGGGGCCUUUCCUACGGUUGCCAGCCGCAGCUCCACACUAAAGAGGUGGGUGUCACUGAAUGCCUUUCGUGUGGGUGCCCUUGCACCGAAACGCCUUGCGCUUUGCUGUCACGGUGCCAGGUGGCGGUGGGGGGGGCUGCACAGUGGCGUUUACGCUGUGGGGUGGGGGGGGAGGGAGAGACUGUUGUAUACAACAGACAGGCACUGCUGCUCUGCAGCCAGCGACGGGCUGGCCUCUUACUGCUACAGUAGCGUAUAACUAGCUGAUUUGGGCAGGUGGGGUUUCCGGCUUCCUCCUCCUGCACUCUCAGCUCAUUGACGCGCUGCGGGAGCACAAACCAGGUGAAUGUAGGGGCAGGGUCAGAUUAAGGCCCCAGCUCCGGAUGGCAUGUGAUCCCUGCCAACCCCCAGCUCCCUUUAAAACCCUUUUAGCCUUCAUGGCUGGGAAGCAACGCUUGAAAAACAUGAGCCACGUGUGACUGAUGCUGCAAUGUCUGCCUGAGUCUGCAGAGAGCCUGAGACAAUCGCUCUGAGAGGGACAAAAUGCUCUAUGCAUCUCAAUGUGGGCAACGACAGGCCCCACUGCUCUGGGGAGCUGAGAGUGGCAGAAGAAUACAACACACACUGCCCACCCAGGCCUGCAGAUGCACCUGGCUGCCCACAUAAGUACUUGCAGAUGACACAAAGAUUGGUGGGGUGAUAAAGAACGAUAAGGACAGGGCUGGCCUACAGCGCGCUCUGCGAGAAUAGGCAUUAAAAACAGCCACAUGCAAGGUCAUUUGCCUGCCAACCAAGAACGUAGCUCACACGGGGGGCGGUGGGGGGGGUCAUGUAGGGUUAAGCAGGGGAAUAGCAAGUAGCCACAGGGGUACAGCAGUAGCAGGGUUGCCAACGCUUGCACUUUGUGCGUCUCUCCCACUAGUCACUCUUUCCCUUGAAGCCUCCAUUGCUGGCGUCGUGCAAAUCCUACCAGCCAGAUUAUUUUUUAAGACGCUCUCAAGCCUGCCUGGUUUCAGACACUUUAACCCAACUGCUGCCUCCAGCACAGGACCAGCAGCCGCAGGGAAAGCCCCACACUGAAAUAUUUUUUUUUUUUGGUCAUAAAUUGUAACCAAUCCCUUGGGGGGGGGGGCGCUCCUGCUUUUAGGCUUUGUGACACAACAUCAGUGAGCCCAUAACUGGCCACUUGGGGGGGUGGGGCCCACGGCCAGGAGAUGUUACACAUUGGAAAGGGGUCUGACAGGCGCCACAAGCAUGUUUACAUGGCUGGAAAACCCUCCUGCCAGCAGCAGGCUGGCACCUCGCUCCUGCCAUAAACCCUGGCUGCCCAGGAGCACCUACUGCCUCCGGGCUGGGAGAGCCACUCCGGGCCUAGGCAGGGGACCAGAAGCUGGGACGUGGGAGGCUGUGCGGGGAGGGGAAAAGCUCUGGCGAGCGGCAGAGACGGCACCAAGGCUAGGCGAGCCGAGGCAGCGCGAGGGCAGAAGGGCCUUAUGCCCCCAGAGCCGGAGCUGAUGUCUCCAGCUGGGAGGGCGCGUUUGGCUGGCUGCUUUGCAGGGCCAAGGGCAAAGGCGUUUCUACCGCAGUCACAGCGUGGGUCGGUGGCACAGCAGAGAGCCAGCUGCAGCCUGGCGCGGGGAAGCCCCAGCUCUUCAUCAAGCCUGUGACCUAACAAAGGUCAGCAAACAGGCCUGCUGCAGGUAGUGGGGCUCCUACUGCUUGCCCCACGCUUGCCCCAGCAAAAGGGGGGCGGGGGUGAAGGGUCUUACUCAUGCAGCAUUGCCUGGUGACGUGCGCGUGAACGGCGAAAAGCCUACUUGUGUACCCAUGCGUGUGAGCGGCCCUGGGGCAGCGAGGGAGUGGUACUGUGGGCGACGGGCAGCAGCAGCCGGGCAUUUUAAGGGUCAGGCGCUUGGUACCAGCCUCCCCAACCGGGGCCUGAAGCCUGGUGGCUGCAGCUCUGCGGGUCAGGGCAAAGCUGGUGGUGGUUGGGGGCAGGAGUAUUUUGAUCGCACAUCCCCAGAGCAGGCAGUGUGCGACUAUGACUCCUCCAUAAACGGGGGCAAACUAGCUGCCUCAUGGGCUGUGACACCUCACAUGGACACCAAGGGCAGCUGGCCGGGGCCCUGAGCCUGCUUCCUUCUCCCACUGCUUUCUACCCCUUGUAGCUUAUCAAGAACAUGCCAUGCCCCUGGCACCAGGCUGGGCACACCCACCCACGUAGGCAGCCUUGUCUACACACAUACUUGCACUGAUUUAGUUAAUCUGGUGCAGUCAAACCAGUGCACACCCUGGCAUGGAUACCCUUGGUUUCAGACCAGCUUACCAUGGAGUAACAUAAACCUGUUCCCAAGCAACUUUAGCUAAACUGCAAUCAGCCCCUUUUACGCUGGGUGGUCCCCCUAGGGGCUUGCACUGUUUUAACUAAAUGGGGUUACAGUUACAGUGACACCUUUAGCCCAGUGCAGCGUCUCGAUGGAGACACACCCCGGCGGGCGCAAACACAACCCAGAGCAAAGGCAGGUUUGAACCACGAGCUGAGCGUCUGCACCCCCUCCCUGACUCCCACCUUUGCGAGCAGGCUGAGUGUCUUCCCCUGCAGAGGAGCAACCAGCCAAAAGCUACAGGCCUGCCUGCAAUACAGCCAGAGCUGGGCCCUCUCUGCAGGCCUUUCCCUGGUUGGGACCUAGCCUCAAUACACCCCUCGCUGGCCAGCCGCGGCUAGCGCUGCCCCAGUGCAAGCCCCUUGGGGAGGGGGAGCAGCGGAAGCGGCUGCUUGUACUGGUGAAGCCCAGCCUGCAUGGCCGUGGGGCUUGCUCUGCUACAGGCUGACCCCAGGACACUAGCUGGCCUGGGGUCAUUGCCCCCGGGGCACGAGGAACCCCACAGCCCGCGCUGCGCUCCCUAGUGCCCACAGCUGGCGAGCGUUGUAGGGGCUAGCUGUGUACACACAGCACUAGCUGGAUGCUGCUUUUCAUCUGCACCGGGUCACACCCUCCACCAGUGCGAAGCUGCUAAAAUGGGGGUAGUUCCCCCCGCCCCUCCAGAGACGGUCUCUGCAGCAGCGUGGGGGCCGGCAGGGCUCCCUUGUGUGUGGCUGGAAGCCUGCCUUGGAGCCCCCACGGCGUGUGCUCUAUUCCCUGCAUCUUUCCCGACCUGCUUUCCUCCUGGAGGGGGCUGCCCAUUCAGUCCCUCUUGCCUGCUGUGGGGUUUAAGGGAGGUCAGACCCCGCAGACCUUUAGUCCCUCUCUAGCCAGCCCCUGGGGCCAGCACUGCCUUAGGCAGGGUGGGGGGUGCUUGCAGAAAAAACAAGGAUUUUUCCUCCCUUUUGUUCACACAGCUGUAAAUAAAACAGUCACAUGCUGUACAUUUAACGCACCCUCAGCCCACGGUGCAGAGCCAGGAGAGAGGCUGCUGCUGCUGAAGUCAUGGCUCGAUUCUGCCCUUUCCCACGAGGAAUGAAGGUUAAGCGCUGCCCCCCGAGCUGCGAGCUCAGCACCUGCACCAGCGGGGCCACGAGGGGGGUAGCUGCAGGGGGACAGCGCGGUGCUCGCUGGCAGAUAUGGGGGUCUUGCCCCACAGGUUGUGCUGCCACUUACACCAUGCAAAAUGAAACCCUCUCCUCCCCGUUACACCCCCUUUCCACUGGAGUGCGCGGCUGCAGGAAGAGGCAGGCAGCAGCCCGGCAGGCCCUGUCUUCCUAUAGUGCAGGCAGGGCGCAUACACGGGGCUCAGGGGGACUGUGAGGCAAAGCCAGGGAAACAGUAUCUUUGGAAACAGGCAUCACUCCCCCAGUGCCGUAUUACGUGCCCUGGGCCGGUCCGUGCCGAAAUGCUGGCAGCUUUGCAGAGCGCUGUCUGAAGCGAUGGCACGUGGCUCUUAACGGUGGACGCUACACCUGGAGCAGCUCUGUUCAUUUCCUUCUUCUCUGACUCAGCCAAGCAAAGUGUUCUGCCCUGGAGCCAGGACGCUGCUGCCCGGUCCUGUCUGCCUGGCCCUGCUCCCGGGGCCCCCGGCGCCCCCCUCCAUCAGUUCUACGCAUUCUUUAGGAAAGCCGCUCUAGAAUGUUUACACAUUGCAAUAGAAUGUACAACUACCACCAGGGACGGCGACGCUGGUCUAGCUGCAUGGCAAACGUCUCAGCCAUCACGCCUGGCAUGCGUCACAGAGACCCUGGCUGUGUACAAAUCCACCUGCCACCCGCCAGAUCAUGGCCUGGACCAUCUGAUGAUGCAUCAGACGCAGCUGUCAUUAUUAGAUUUGUUCUGAAAAGGGGAUUGUCAAUCAUGCCAUUAAAAGCCUGCCUAUCUUUUCA